UAUUGUUCUUGUUUGGUUACUUUCUUCUCCGAGUUCUCCCCAAACGAAUUCACAGCUUUUCAAAUCCAAAACACAGAACAGAGGAAUCGAGAGAUUUAGGAUCUACUGUGGCGAUGCCUAACGUGCUCCACACCCAUCCAUCCACCUUCUUCUUCCUCCUCCAUCCGCCAAUCUCCACCGUCCGCUCCAAAACGCAGGCUUUCCAUUUUCCGCAAUCAAUGGCUCCGGCUAGCCUCCGUACGAACCUCUCCGUGCGCCGGAGCGUAAAGUGUAUGGCGAACCCGAGACGAGUGAAGAUGGUGGCUAAACAGAUAAUGAGGGAGCUCUCCGACAUGCUUCUCACUGACACGGUUUUGCAGCACGCUGUGUUGCCCGAAGCUGCGCUUGGAGCCGACCGCUAUCUAUCUUCUCUCACCACAAUCAGCGAUGUUGAGGUCUCUAAUGAUUUGCAGGUGGUUAAAGUGUAUGUGUCCGUCUUCGGGGAUGAUAGAGGGAAAGACGUUGCCAUUGCGGGUUUGAAAUCAAAAGCUAAGUAUGUAAGGAGUGAGCUUGGGAAGCGAAUGAAGCUGAGAUUGACACCUGAGGUCAGAUUUAUUGAGGAUGAAUCCAUGGAAAGAGGAAGCAGAGUGAUUGCAAUACUGGACAAAAUAAAAGCUGAGAAAGGAAGCGGUGAUGGUGCAAACGAAGGGGGAGCAGAACCAGAGGAUGAUCAAGAUUGGGAAGUGGAUGACCCUGACGAAGACAUCAUCUAUGUAAAGUAAAUGGCCUGAAGCAGUUUAAACACCGAGCACCGAGUGAGUCAUCAUAAGUUCAACUCAUAUACGAGCUAAAGCUUGGGAGGUUGUGUAGUUUGGACAAGAUUGUAAGGCGAAAUGGAUAACCGGAGAAGAUGAAUACCAAUGACAGGUACAUGGUCUCUUCCCCGGCAUGGAGCCUGAAAGCUUCUUGAGAUCUCUUUAGUGAAAUUUUUGUUUUUUUUUUUCUCCCCAAUUUGGAUUAGUCAGUGUAAUACUGUAAUCAUAAGCCCCUUGUCUGUAUGUUGUUCUGCUGGUAGAAGAAAUAAACCGAUUUGGUUUCAAGUUUCUUAUUUUGUAAUCUGAACAAACCCAAAACUAAACCGACAUGUGAAGAAAAUAAACCGAUGUACAAUUAAUUUUCUU